UCCGGGACUAGCUUUGCCUUAGCAACCAAACACUCCGAAACCGAAACAAGCGGUUUGUGACCAAUCUUCCCGCCUCUUUCACACACUUACAAUAAUCUCUACCGGCGGCGGCGGAGACUUUCCCUUCCUUCCUCCACUCCGUCAAUCUAAAUCUCUUCUCCGGAUUUCACCGUCAUAGGUUCGCUAACUUCUCAAUUCUUCCUCCUUCUUCUUCAGACAUUGAAGUCGGAAUAACCUUGAAUUGGUGAAAUUUGAGCUCUGGAGAAGUGAAUCAUGAGCAGCAGCUCCAGAGAGGGAUCUCCCGAUUGGCUUCGAUCUUUCCAGGCACCCACCACUUCAUUGUUAUCACUAUCUUCUCCAGAUGAUAGUCCUUGCAGGGAAUCUGAAACCGUUUCGUCUCUUCCUGUGCCUGAUGACGGUGACGCCGUUACUAUUGUGGACAAAGAGUCCAAAACGAAGUUGGUGACAAAGCAAGUGAGUAUUGAGCAGGUGUUUUCUAGGAGGAAGAAGAAGAAUGCUGAUGCUACUGUUGACCUUGAAGAGAAGGAGAAUGGAAGUAAAGUUGAUGGUGAAGAAGGCUCUAGCAAGCAUAAGGACGCUAAAGAAGGAGAUGAUUCUGUAUGGCUUCUCUCAUCUGAUUCUGAACCACCCUCUAGUGAACCAGUGAGUCAGCAAGUGACUAUGGCAACUGAAGAGGAUGAGGAUAUUGCUAUUCAAGCUAAGGAGAAAGAACCUGCGGUUAAGAAGGCUCCAAAGAAAAAAUCUCCGAAGAAAAAGGCAAAUAGUGGCCACCAGUCACCCAAGAAAGAAAACAGUGAGCAAGAAAUUUUGAAAACUGAAGAUAAAGAUACAGAUGCCACAGUAGCUGAGGAAGUAACAAAGGAUAAGAAUGUCAAGCCUUCUUCUGGCUCGAGUUCAAGAUUGCCUUUGGUACUUUCUGAGAAGGUGAAUCGCACAAAGGUACUCGUUGAAUGUGAAGGGGACUCAAUAGAUUUGAGUGGAGACAUGGGGGCUGUUGGGCGCGUGGUUGUGUCUGACACAAACGAGGACGUGUACUUAGACUUGAAAGGAACCAUAUAUAAAUCAACAAUUGUUCCAUCCAGAACUUUUUGCAUUGUUAACGUUGGCCAGUCAGAGGCAAAGAUUGAAGCUAUUAUGAAUGACUUCAUACAGCUAACACCACAAUCUAAUGUCUAUGAAGCAGAAACAAUGAUGGAAGGCACUCUGGAGGGAUUCACAUUCGAUUCAGAUGAUGAAUCUAACAAAAACGGCAAGACUGCUUCAAAGCCAGCUGAUCAAAGUGGAGGCCCAGCGGAGGUAACCAACGCAAAUGGCAAAGCCAAAGCCAAAGCGAAAAGCGAAAGUGUUGUAGGGAAAAAGAGAGGAAGACCAUCUAAAGAGAAGCAGCAACCAGCAAAGAAGGCUAGAAGUUCUGCUUCUAAGAAAACAAAACCCAAGAAAUGAGUUCUGAUUAUUUUUUAUUUUAAAACGUUCAGUUGAGAUAACAUUAUAUACAUGACAGACAAGUUUUACAUGUAUGAAUUAUGAAAUCUAAUUCAAGGUACUAAAAAGGACUUCGGUUAAUAAAGUUCAGAAUCUCUGAGAAAACACUAAACAUGAUCUGUUUGCUUCCUUCCAUUCAGUAAUAUAUGUACCAAUUCUCAUUAAAAAAGGAAGAAUAACGAUGAUUCAUCUUGCACAUGACUGCCUCAAAGCAGCUAGACUAAGGCCAAGAAGCAACAAGACAGGGUAAGGUCGAAGAAUAUCAGACGAGGAUGGAGUCUUGGUAACCCUCCCAGUUUCGGCUCUCUGACUCUCAUCCUCCAUUGGCGGAUUCAUAAACUGGUCGUUUCGAGCUUGGUUUUCACUGGGAGGAGGCAUCAUAAACUGCCCAUUCUGGUUCUGAGGUGGAGGAGGCAUCGGAUUCUGGUUUUGUCCAGGCGGGUUCUGAUUCUGAGUUGGUGGAGCCAUAGGUUGACUGUAUGGAUUCUGAGUUGGUGGAGCCAUAGGUUGUCCAUAUGGAUUCUGAG